CCGGCGCCGACCAGGGAAUGGGCUGGAUACGGACCGGGUGCAGGAGCCUGGCAGCCCUCUGGGGGCUCCGGCACCCCCAGGCUCAGCUGCGCCCACACAGCCUCUCCCAGGACUCCCCUGAGUCUGGCGAGCUUCACCCAGGGAUGGCGGGGAAGGUGACAGGGGUGUUCCCUCGCACCCGUCGGGCUCGGAUUUGUCUCGCAGUGUCCUUCCCGCUCCUCCGGCUUCCUUCCCGGCACAUGGCACGGCGCCCUCGCCCAGGCAGCGGCUCGGGGAGACAGACGGCCACAGCUGGGCUCCUGCUGCCAGCCCGGCAGGAGGGGACACGCCGAGCCGGAUGGCUGCUCCGUGCCCCUGCCUGCGCCCCAGGGGUGUCCCCAAGGAGCCGGGCGCUGCCGGAGCGUCUCGCGGGCGGUUUGGGGCUAAAGCCGGGAUUUCUGGGUCCGGUCGACCCCCGUCUCUCCCUCCUCCGGCUGUCGGCCGCAAAGGUGUUGGCCCAGCGGGAGCCGUGGCAGCUGGAAAACUCCCCAAACCCAACCGCAGCGCUGGGUUUUGGGGAGGGGAGAAGGCAGCGAGGAGCAGUCCCGCCGCCUCGGCAGGCUGGAGACCCCCGGGGACGGGCCGGCGGCUUUCCCCAACUGCUCCAGCGCUGCUGGCGGGAUCUGCUGGCUCCGGGGGGGGAAACCAGAUACCCUGCCCUGCGGCUGGGGGGGCGAGAGGGUUGGCCCCACGCCGAGCGGACCCCCCCCCAGACACGCUGCCGGAGAGCCGGGCCAGGGCUCAGUCCAUCCGUGGAUCGUUUGGGCAGCUCCGUCCGACACCUCCGCAGCCCCUCCGGAUCUACAGGGCUGUGGAGUAUUCCGAGUAAUCCCCAUUUACCCGGGGGAGGGGAUCCAGAGCCCCCCUCGUCACCCCUGACAUGUCUGUUGGGCGCUUCCUCAUGGAUUCAACACCAAAUCCGCACUUCCCAAGCAAUAAAUCAGCCAGCAGCACGUCCGUGUGUGGUUCAUCCCUACGGGGGGUCCCCAAACUGGUGCUAAUGAGUUCAGCACCCAGUGUCCCGGUGGAUUUGAGGAAAGAGGGUCCUGUUGUGCUCCGAGCAACAACCCGUGUCCCGAAGAAAACCGGGAGGAUGCGGUCGCAGCCGGGAGGGCUCAGACCUGGCCAGGGCCGGGGUCUGGAGUGGAAGCGAAUCCGCCUGUUACCUCCCGGCCCUUCCCGGCGCUCCAAGCGCCUUUGUUUUAAACAAAGCUUUUUUUGGGGGGAGCCAAGACGUUCCUCUCCCUGCCGAGAGAGCCCCGGCGGCAGCACCCACUCAUGGAUGAGGGGCACGAGGGGAAUGGACGAGGGGCUCCGGCUGUCGGGCCGCCCCCCUCCCCUCCAGCGGCGGCUCUGCUU